AUGCGAGCACGGGCGGGAGCGAUCGAAAUGCAGGGAGGCUGCGGGGGCAGGAGCAUAUGCGAGCACGGGCGGGUCCGAUCACAAUGCAAGGAGUGCGGGGGCAGGAGCAUAUGCGAGCACGGGCGGGUCCGAUCGAGAUGCAAGGAGUGCGGGGGCAGGAGCAUAUGCGAGCACGGGCGGGUCCGAUCGGGCUGCAAGGAGUGCGGAGGCAGCAGCAUAUGCGAGCACGGGCGGCGGCGAUCGAAAUGCAAGGGAUGCGGGGGCAGGAGCAUAUGCGAGCACGGGCGGCAGCGAUCGAGAUGCAAGGGAUGCGGGGGAGGGAGCAUAUGCGAGCACGGGCGGCAGCGAUCGGUCUGCAAGGAGUGCUGGGGCAGCAGCAUAUGCGAGCACGGGCGGCAGCGAUCGGGCUGCAAGGGAUGCGGGGGCAGGAGCAUAUGCGAGCACGGGCGGGAGCGAUCACAAUGCAAGGAGUGCGGGGGCAGGAGCAUAUGCGAGCACGGGCGGGAGGAGAUCGACAAGGAGCUCAAGAAGAUCGAGGAGGAGAUCGAGACGCUGAGGAAAGAGCACGAGGACGUGUUCCACAAGGGAGACAAGGACAAGGACGGGCUGCUGUCGCUUCAAGAGUUCAUGGUAGUACAACAUGAGGACCAGCCUGAGAUGAGCAAGGAAGAGCUGGAGGAGUCAUUUGCCGAUCACGAUGCUGAUGGAUCAGGAGGGCUGACGCUCGAGGAGUGGCGGAAGCCCUUCGAGGACACAGUGCAGAACAUCUACGCGAACGAGGAGGAGGGGCUGGACGACGAGCACAACAUCAACCACUACCGCAGGGAGUUCGAGGCCUUCGACAAGGAUGCGGACGGGUUCCUGGACCUCGCUGAGCUGGAGGAGCUGGCCAAGGAGAUCAGCAAGCACCACGGGAACCACACGGUGACGGGAGAAGACAUCCUAAGAGCCGUUGACAACGAUGCUGACGGCAAAGUGAACCUCGAGGAGUAUCUCAUGGAUGGUCAGGAGGACGAGGAGCUUCAUCAUUAUCCUUCCGAGCAUGAGGACGACCCGGAUGCUUCCGACAUCUCUUUGGAGAAGAUCACUAGUGACGAUGAUCUUGGGGAGUAAAGCAGAGAAUAACGUU